UUGCCCCUCAUCCCUUUACCGCCCUGAGAUACCGUACUAUGUAGAAUUGGAUCCCUGUCGACAACCAGACUCCAACAGACCAGAACCAAGAACUAACUGCCACGCAGAGGCAGAACCUCUCCACUCUUUGGUAUGCUGCCAGUCGGACCCUUUUUAGUUUCAAGCAGUAUUUCCGACAGAAAGUCCAAUUAGGAGCAGAGCAGCAGAUCGUCUCGUCUUUUUCUUCUUUCCUGCGUUCAGCACGUUCAUUCCAACCCCAGACGUACCAAAAUUGCAACGUGCACCUGCGGCCUCUGCUGCCACUUGCCGUUUCUUGCUGCACAGACCCGACAAGAAUUGCAUGGCUGGUGCCAAAACAUUCUAGAAGCCAGCAGCCCCGAGCCCAGUUCGAUUUGAACAGUAUUACUUACCCGUCCAUUCCACCAAUUCCAGUCCCUGUCACCGAGAAACACCACCAAGUCAGACAGUAAGCCAAGCAAGGGAUAGAGGGGACGGACCCUCACCGCGAGCCCGCCCUUGACACGACAAAGCAGCAGCCGACCACCACUUUUCCCCCCUUUCCACCCCACUACAACCCCUACCGAGCCAAUCCAAUCGACAACCACCCCGAUUUGCCCGCCAUUUGGACACAGCACUGUCCUUGCACUUGACUUUCUUCGAGAGACCUUGGCCUACCUUCUUUACCACCUUUUUCGAAUCGACCCUGCUCUGCCUACACACCCAUAUAUGCUGUGCUGGUGGCAAGGAAAGCAGAGCUUUUCUUUUUAGCCUUAGCUUCAAGAAACCAAAAGGUGGGCGCCAGUUGGGCAUGGACUUGGCCUCUAGAUAAGAGCCGCAGCUGAGCGAGGUAUCUGAACCGUACUAUACCAUACGAACCGACCCUAUCCCUUCCAAAACCCUCCAAUCUUAAAUAAACACCGCCAAUAUGGACAACCAAGGCAACCGCCUCUAUCUCAACUUCGACAACUCGCAUCCGCGCCCAGGCGGUUCACUCAACGACCGAGGUGCCUACCCCACCACGCCCUCGACCUUCCCGCAACCUGUCUUCCCCGGAUCGAACCAGCAACCUCCCUCAUCGUCUGGUCAGGGCGGCGCCUCUUCCCAGCAGAGCCAGCCAUACUCAACGGGUUAUGCGCCCCAAGGCUAUUUCUCGCAGAACCAGUAUCCUGCCCAGUAUCCUGCGCAGCCCCCGCACAGCCAACAAUCGCACGGCUCCGAGUACGGCGGUCAGCAGCAGAGCAACAUUUACCAGCCCCGGUCCAACACCCCAGGGACUAAUGAUCCCAAUGUAGGACUGGCACAUCAGUUCUCCCAGCAGAACCUCCGCGCCCCUUACGGCUCGCGUGGCCCCUCCCCUGCGCAACGUCCCCGAACUGCCGGCGCGCCUGGCCAGCAGCCAUAUGGAGGCUACCACAGCCAGCCAAUGCCACCUGCGCCAGCGCAGUACCCCGCCCUUGAGUUCCAGCCGGGCCCAGAGCGCAACCCAGACAAGUAUGGGCCGGGUGCCAACAACAACCAGAAGAAGUGCGCGCAACUUGCUGCCGACUUCUUCAAAGAUAGUGUCAAGCGCGCGAGGGAGCGUAACCAAAGGCAGAGCGAGAUGGAGCUCAAACUCUCCGAACCGAACCAGUCGCAGUCUAGGAAGGAGCAGAUCUGGUCUACCGGAGGGCGCAAAGAGGGUUCGUACCUGCGCUUCCUGCGCACAAAGGACAAGCCCGAAAACUACAACACCAUCAAGAUCAUCGGCAAGGGCGCGUUUGGUGAGGUCAAACUGGUCCAGAAGAAGUCGGACAACAAGGUCUACGCCAUGAAAUCUCUGAUCAAAACGGAGAUGUUUAAAAAGGAUCAACUUGCCCACGUGCGUGCUGAGCGAGAUAUUCUUGCCGAGUCGGACAGUCCUUGGGUCGUCAAGCUAUUCACCACUUUCCAGGACGCGAACUUCCUAUAUAUGUUGAUGGAGUUCUUGCCUGGUGGUGAUCUUAUGACCAUGUUGAUCAAGUACGAAAUUUUCUCGGAGGAUAUUACGCGCUUUUAUAUUGCAGAAAUCGUUCUCGCUAUAGAAGCGGUUCACAAGCUUGGCUUUAUUCAUCGUGAUAUCAAACCCGACAAUAUUUUGCUUGACAGGGGAGGACAUGUCAAGUUGACUGACUUUGGUCUUUCGACGGGCUUCCACAAGCUGCACGAUAACAACUACUACCAGCAGCUGCUGCAGGGCAAAUCGAACCGACCCCGUGGUGACCGCAACUCGAUCGCAAUCGACCAGAUCAACUUGACCGUCUCUAACCGAGCUCAGAUCAACGACUGGAGGAGGUCGCGACGACUAAUGGCAUACUCUACCGUCGGAACCCCUGAUUACAUUGCACCUGAGAUCUUUACUGGUCACGGUUACACCUUUGACUGUGAUUGGUGGUCUCUGGGAACCAUCAUGUUUGAGUGCUUAGUCGGCUGGCCCCCGUUCUGUGCCGAGGACAGCCACGACACGUAUAGGAAGAUUGUCAACUGGAGGCAAAGUCUGUACUUCCCCGACGACAUUCAGCUGGGCGUCGAGGCGGAGAACUUGAUUCGGAGCCUCAUUUGCAACACGGAGAACCGCUUGGGUCGGGGCGGAGCACACGAGAUCAAGAGCCACUCCUUUUUCCGCGGAGUCGAGUUCGAAGGCUUGCGACGGAUCAGGGCUCCGUUCGAGCCCCGGCUCACAUCCGCAAUCGACACGACCUACUUCCCGACGGACGAGAUCGACCAGACGGACAACGCGACGGUGUUGCGGGCGCAACAGAUGCAACAACAGGCGACCACUGGCGCGCCUGUGCGCGAGGAGACGGUGGAGAUGAGCUUGCCUUUCAUCGGUUAUACGUUCAAGCGUUUCGACAACAACUUCCGCUAAUGGAAAUCAGCGUUGUGUCAGUUGUCGGUUUUGUUACGUUAUCUGUCACUCUGACUCGCUCUCAAACCAUGUCUGGCCCUGUAUGCGUGUUUUGUGUACUCGGGCAUCUGUGGUCUGCAAUUCGGUGGCAAAAGGGGCGGCAGGAGGUGUUCAAAAAAACAAAGCCUUUGUUGGAAAGCGCAGUUUUCGGGUUGAAGGCAAAAGGCUGGCGCGCGGGCCACUUCCUUUUUGAGUGUUCUCCUCGGGUAAUAGAUGCGGAGAAAGCAGGUUGUUAAUCUUGCUGCUGGGUAUCUGCUCAGUGCAUUCCCCUUUUAGCUCGUUAAACUCAGGCAACUGGGGAUAUCUUUUUCGUCCGGUAUAUCGCGUGUUGCUGUUGAGGAAGGGGCGGGAAGUAGAGUCCGGUUUUCAGGGGAAUCAAUUUAUGGCAAGGGUAUGGGGCUAACAAAGAGAACUGGAAAGUCUGACUGCUCACCAUGUUGGAUGUUGAAACUGCGAUUGGAUAUUGACCAGAUGCGUCUUACUUCGCAAGAGGUUUCAUAUCUUCUCCCGAGGUCGCGCCCGACAAGACGAGUGAGCAGUCACUGGCAGUUCCCGCUGCAUAAGCGAGCUUGACGUCGGACGGGUAGAAAAUCUUGCUCAGGAGAAGCUGGGCAUGCUGUUUGUUCGGGCGACAGCGAGCGGUUGCUCGUUUUGGAUAACCCCGUGAUAUAUGGUGUCUAGCGACUGGGCACGUUUCUAGCGAAGUCUACUUGCUUGUAAGGUCGACAUAUCUACCGUGAUUGCAAAAAAGAAAUUUGCUCAAGUCCUCUGUGGCGGUUUUGAUGGGCUUUGAGGAUACACCUCCGAGGUUUGGUUGUUUCUUUCCGGGUGUAAGCCGUUUGGAGCACGGAUGUUUUGAGAUCUUGUGGCCAUGUGUUUUCAGGGGCUGCUGUAGUUUUGUCAGGUGUAGAAGGAUGAAUGCUAUCUUUCUUUCCUCUUUCUUUUACCUGGCUACACUCAUCCUCUUGUGGCCAAGUUUCUUGUUGCAUGGGAUCCAAAAAAAAAAAAAAAAAAGGAGACACAAUCUCUGGUGAUGGCUGAGCAUGGGGUUGUGGCCCUGAAGUUAUCACGCCUUAGCAGAUUUGAUUGGUCCGGUGUGGUCGUGUGUGCUUUUGUUCACUUUUUGUAAAAGUGUGCAGAAUGGAAAAAGAAAGAAAGAAAGAAAGAAAAAGAAAAGUCCCUUGGAGUAACAAGGUGCUUACAUGGUGGGUGGUAAGGCGCUCAGUCCCGUGCUGCAGUAUAAAUGGGCGAAUCGGGGGUUUUCGCGAAACAUGUUGGUGGAUGCACUGGGUGAUAUGUACGGUACCGAUGCAGGCUUGCAUAAGUUGAUAACAUGUAGAAAAAAAAUUCCAUUUGA